AUGGCGGCGAAUUACGACACCCUGGCAAUACGCGACAUUCUUACACCCUUUUUAUGGGUGGACGACCGCCAUGGUCUUAUCUACUGUGAGGUCCCCAAGGUGGGUUGUACCAAUAUGUUACGCCUAAUGUACGCCCUUACGAGGAACGUCGACCCAAAAUUAUACCAGUCUCUAAACGGCGGUCUUGUACACGCCUCCUACAGGAAGUACCUGGUGCCUUUGGGGAAAUUCUCCGACUACGGGAUUAGGUUUCGUCUCGAGAACUAUCUGAAAGACCUCGAUCGACUGGACAAUGUGGACCUGGCAGUUGCCUAUGAUUCAUCAUUUAAGAUGACCACAGCUGACACAGCUGGGGGUGGACAUUUACGUGGUGAAUACCAGCUUAAAUAA